CCUGGGUUUGGGGCGGGGGCCGGGGAUGCAGCCGCUGAGCUGAGCUGCCAGACUUGGGUUGUGGCACACAGAUGGCGAACGUGCGGGUCGCCGUGAGGGUCCGGCCCCUCAGCAAGAGGGAGACCAAAGAAGGGGGAAGAAUUAUUGUGGAAGUCGAUGGCAAAGUGGCAAAAAUCAGGAAUUUAAAGGUGGAUAGUCGACCAGAAGGCUUUGGGGACUCCCGGGAGAAGGUUGUAGCAUUUGGCUUCGAUUACUGCUACUGGUCAGUCAACCCAGAGGAUCCCCACUAUGCAUCUCAAGAUGUGGUGUUCCAGGAUUUAGGGAUGGAAGUACUGUCGGGAGUUGCCAAAGGCUAUAACAUAAGCGUUUUCGCUUAUGGACAGACAGGCUCUGGGAAGACAUACACCAUGCUGGGGACCCCAGCCUCUGUUGGGCUGACACCACGGAUAUGUGAGGGUCUCUUCGUCAGGGAGGAAGACUGUGCUUCACUGCCUUCCUCCUGUAGGAUAAAAGUAAGUUUUCUAGAAAUCUAUAAUGAACGAGUGCGGGAUCUGUUGAAGCAAUCUAGUCAAAAAAAAUCCUAUGCCCUGCGGGUCAGGGAGCAUCCAGAGAUGGGCCCAUAUGUACAAGGUUUAUCUCAACAUGUAGUUACCAACUAUAAGCAAGUAAUCCAACUCUUGGAAGAGGGAAUUGCAAACAGAAUCACAGCAGCCACUCAUGUUCAUGAGGCCAGCAGCCGAUCCCAUGCCAUUUUUACUAUCCACUACACGCAGGCAAUCCUGGAGAACAACCUCCCUUCUGAAAUGGCUAGCAAGAUCAACCUUGUGGACCUAGCAGGCAGUGAAAGAGCAGAUCCCAGUUACUGUAAGGACCGGAUUACUGAAGGAGCCAAUAUCAACAAGUCCCUUGUGACUCUGGGAAUUGUCAUCUCCACCUUAGCCCAGAACUCCCAAGUUUUCAGCAGCUGCCAGAGCCUCAACAGCUCAGUCAGCAAUGGUGGUGACAGUGGGAUCCUUAGCUCUCCUUCUGGGAUCAGCAGCGGAGGGGCACCCUCCCGAAGGCCGUUUUUUAUACCAUACCGAGACUCUGUGUUGACCUGGCUGCUGAAGGACAGCCUUGGAGGGAACUCUAAAACCAUCAUGAUUGCCACGGUGUCUCCUGCACACACUAGCUACAGUGAGACCAUGAGCACACUGAGAUAUGCAUCCAGUGCCAAAAACAUUAUCAACAAGCCACAAGUAAAUGAGGAUGCAAAUGUAAAGCUGAUUAGAGAACUCAGAGAAGAGAUUGAAAGACUGAAAACCCUGCUGCUGAGCUUUGAACUGAGAAACUUCACUUCAUUGAAUGAUGAAAAGGAUGAAAACUUGAAGAAGCUGGUUCUCCAAAAUGAAUUGAAGAUAGACCAGCUGACUAAAGACUGGACCCAGAAGUGGAAUGAUUGGCAGGCCCUCAUGGAGCAUUACAGUGUGGACAUCAACAGGAGGAGGGCUGGUGUGGUCAUCGACUCCAGCCUGCCACACUUGAUGGCCUUGGAGGAUGAUGUGCUCAGCACAGGUGUUGUGCUGUAUCAUCUCAAGGAAGGGACAACAAAAAUAGGAAGGAUUGACUCAGAGCAGGAACAGGACAUUGUCCUGCAGGGUCAGUGGAUCGAGAGAGACCACUGCACUAUCACCAGUGCCUGUGGGAUAGUUGUUCUCCGGCCUGCCCGUGGGGCCCGCUGUACAGUCAAUGGCCGGGAGGUCACUGCCUCCUGCCGUCUGACCCAAGGAGCCGUCAUAACCCUGGGGAAGGCACAGAAGUUCCGAUUCAACCACCCAGCAGAGGCUGCUAUCCUGAGGCAGCGAAGGCAGGUUGGAGAGGCUGCUGCUGGUGGUGGCUCCUUGGAAUGGCUGGACUUGGAUGGAGAUCUCACUGCCUCCCCACUGGGUCUCUCUCCUUUGCUUUGGAAGGAAGGGAAAGUACGUGAAGAACAGUGUGACGAGGACCAUCAGCCACCAAGGGAUGGAGAGACAUCCCGCAGUGCCCAGAUUCAGCAGCAGCAGAGCUAUGUGGAGGAUUUGAGGCAACAAAUCCUAGCAGAAGAGAUUAAAGCUGAGAGGGAACUGGAACUUGACCAAGCUUGCAUUAGCCAGCAGAUUAAAGAAAACCAGCAGUGUCUGCUCAGAGAAGAGACCUGGCUGGCCAGCUUGCAGCAGCAGCAGCAAGAAGACCAUGUAGCAGAGAAAGAUCUUGAGGAAUCUGUGGUGCUUGAUGCUUGGCUUCAGACAGAUCAUGAGAUUCAGCCAUCCCCAUUUGUCCAAAGUCAGAAAAGGGUGGUGCAAUUGCAGCUCCUGCGGAGACACACUCUUCUGGCAGCAGAGCAGAAUGUUCGGCAAAAAAAGGUCUCAUUCCAGCUAGAGAGAAUCGUCAAAAAGCAGAGGCUGCUGGAGGCCCAGAAGAGACUGGAGCAGCUCACGACAUUGUGCUGGCUCCAGGAUGACAGCACCCAGGAGCACCCAUACUGGGUUUCCAGCCCUGAUGCCAUAGUCCCAGAGCCUCGAUGUAGAAGCAGAUCGUCAAGUUGCAGUUCUUUGAGCCCCCAAAGGCUCUGCAGCAAGCACGUGCCCCAGCUACAGAGCGUUUUCCUGAGUUUGGAUCCCUCCACCACGUUACCACCUAUGCCUGACCCUACACACCAAACAUCAGAGAAAACAUCAGAAGAGCAUUUGCCGCAGGCUGCUUCCUACUCUCCAAGGGCAGGGCAUCGCCACAAGAACGGCCUGCAUUCCUUAGGCCAUGGGCAGCACUACACAGCUAGAGCAGCCAAGGCCAGGAAGGAAGCCUCAGCUCCAGACACUUGCCUCACCAUGAGAUCCAAGUCUAUUGGCAUCCAGGAAAUGCAGAGAGUGGGUAAGCAGCCCUGUCAGAUGAUGAGCCAGGGCUUAGUAUCUCUGAGGCAAUCAGCUAACGAGCUAAAGCCAAGGGAUGAACCAAAGAUUCUCACCUCUACCACCCAGACCAGAAGGGCAAAGGGACUAGCGGACCCUAGCCACACACAAGCUGGGUGGCAAAAAGAAGGGAACCUUGGGACCCACAAGUCUGCUAUGGGAGCCAGUUGCAGUUCCCCGUAUCCUCAUGGACCCAAGACAACUGCUGGCUGUGGAAAGGCAGUCAAGACUUUUUGGAUAGAAUACAAACCACCUUCUCCUAGCAAGGCAUUAAAAAGGCAUCAGAGGGUUCUGGCAGCUAGGGUCAGAGAUAUUACCAAAAAAUCCUCUCACUUGCCUCUUGGCUGUCCUUUGAAGAGAAAACAAAAUGCAAGGGACCCAGACACCAUGGCCCCACUCACAGAUAUCAGCCCAGUAGAGGAUCAUUCAAGAGAAAAAGACAAUGAUUUAUCUGACACAGAUAGCAACUACUCAGUAGAUUCUCUCUCGUGUGUCUUCGCCAAAGCCCAGAUAGAGCCACUAAAGCGAGAGGACCCUAAGGGGAGGAAGUGGGAUUUCCCAGAGCCAGAGAACUCUGAAAGUGACGAAAGCCAAAUAUCUGAGGACUCACUGGCUGAGAAGAGUACCAAAAGCUUGAAAGACAGGCUAUGGGGCAAUCAUCCCACCAAUAACCAUGGCCACCCUAGGAUCAGAGCUAGAGCUUUUGUGAGGGACUUCACUGCCCCAUCAGACAGUGACCUACUUGCUCAAACUCACAGGAGCUUUUCCUUGGAUAGCCUGAUUGAUGCUGAGGAAGAACUGGGGAAAGAUCAGCUAGAAGAAGCUUUCCCUGGUUCAGCUGACGAGAUACCCACAGAGACUUUUUGGCACCUGGAGAACUCCAAUCUGCCUCUGAUGGACCAAGAGGCAAUAUGCAGGCUUGGUCCCAUCAGCUACAGAACAGGAGCUAGGCCGGAUGCUGUACUGCCAAUGAGCAGCUCGUUUUACCUUGAUCCCCAGUUCCAACCCCAUCAUGCGGAGGCUGAGUCACAGGUAGAGCCAAGCUACUGUGAACAAGCCGACUAUCUCCAUGGCAUGCAGCUUUCAAGAGAGAGCCCACUGAUGUCCAUGGAUUCCUGGUUUUCCUGUGACUCUAAGAUCAACCCCAGCAGCCCCCCAGGAAUAGUGGGUUCUUUAUGUCCAAGUCCUGAUAUGCAGGAAUUUCAGCCCUGUGACGGAGAGAGGCCUGGAUACUGGCUAAAUACUGAGGAACUAAAGCUAUCAGGUGCAGACACAGUUCCACCAGAUAGCUCCAAACUGCACCAAGGCAGUACUGAGCUGCUCUGCGGUGUAAGAGAUGAGCAUACAACCUCUGCUUCUGACAAAUCCAGGCUAUCUCUCUGGGGAAUUCAAAGGCUUGUUCAACCAGGAGCUGAUGGCACCUUUCAGGGCAGAGGUAUCCCUGACAUGACCCAGCAGGGCAGCUCUGAAGCAUCCCACAAUUCUAGUGUAUCAAAUGUGCUGGCUGCCUCUGCCACCACAUUGACUCAUGCAGGCAGCACCCAUGAAAGGGAUUGGUCUGCCCUUCAGCAAAAGUACCUCCUUGAACUUUCUCAUCCUGUUUUGGAGGCCAUAGGGGAGCCCAGGCCAGCUUUCUCCUACCUUGAAGAAGACUCCGGUUCCCUGGCCCAAGCUUCUAGAAAAGGAGGAGAUACUCUAUUCCCAGUUGGCCCUAGGGUAUCUAGCAAUCUGGAUGUCAACAACUUUCCACUCCAUCUGUCCAGAAUCAGGCGUUUGAGAGCAGAGAAAGAACAGGACAGUUUAAAUGCCAAAUUAGAAGGUGUUUCAGAUUUCUUUAAGACUAGUGAGAAAGUGGUGAGUUAUGACGAAACUUAUUCGGCAGACUUGGAAUCAUUGGCUGCUUGUGAAUCUACAGAUGCACAAGUCUUUGCAGCAGAGAACACGAUACCAAAUUCCAUGGCAGAAGCAUGUGAAGUCAAGCAGAACAACUUGGAAGAAUGCCUUCAGAGUUGCAGGAAACCUGGACUGAUGACUUCCUCUGAUGAGUAUUUUUUCCAGAAGAAUGCUUGUCACAGUACUGUCACUACAGCCACCAAAGCAGACCAUUGGCCUCAAGGCUGGGCUUCUCUCAGGAAAAAUAGUGCAGUCCAGCCAAGGCAAUUAAGUUCCAACAGCCACCACCCGCUAGAGGAAGAGAAGAUAGAUUGUCAGGAGAGCUCUGAGGAAGUAGUUAGAAGACACAUAAAUGUUUCCUUUGCCUUUCCUUCAGGUCCAGAGCUAUACCUUCACUCUGCUCCCUGGAAUCCAUUCUUACCUUCCCUGCAGCCCCCUCCCUUGGAAACGUUCUAUGUGACCAAAAGCAGGGAUGCCCUGACAGAAACUGCCUUAGAGAUUCCAACUUGCAGAGAAAUAAGGGUACCUUCUCCACCUCCCAGGGAAGCCUGGGGCUUUGGUCACAACCACCAAGUUCUCCAAAAUGCUUAUUUGAAGAGUAAUUUGCCAGUGCUGUUACAAAACCAGAAUUCUAAGAGUGCCUCAUCUCAGCAGGUCACAGCUGAGAUACCAGUUGAUCUGAAUACCAGGGAAGUCGUCAGAGAAUCAGGUAAAUGCCCUGGAAAUAUUAUAGAUGAAAGCCAUAAUUCCGUUUAUUCUUCUGUUACCCAGGACAGACAUUUUUUCCCUUCCACCAGCACAAAAGUAUGUGAAUUUGAAAAUCAAGUUGGAAUUUUAAGUAAAAAACACACUUUUCCAGCACUUGAGGGAGAAGAGGCCACUGCUCAUUCCUGUUGCAGUGGUUCCUCAGACAGCACUGUGUCUGGGAAACCUCUCGCCCUCUUUUGUGAAUCUGAGGCAGGCGAGGAAGAAAAGCUGGAUCCAAAUACAGUUCUGAGUCAGACCAUCAGUGUAGGCCUUGAGAAAGACAUGCCAGGGGAAAGUGCUGUUUCUUUGAAGUCCAGGUCAGUAUAUCAUAGAGUAAGCAGCCCAGUGAUGGUGGCCCAGGAUGAGAGUCCAACCCCUAAGUGGAAAGGGAAAAAUGAAACUGGGCUUUUUGGAAAAGCUCUUCAUCCCAAAGAUAGCUCAGAGGAGGUUAAGCUUCCAGGUACAAAGCCUGCAUAUGAAAGGUUCCGGUUAGUUACAUGCCCUCAGGAAAGAAACUCCAGUGUAUGCCAGAGCCCUGGAAAGUCAGAAGAAAUGUUAAAUCCCAAAGGAGAACCUUUUGGAAAGAAACAGAAUAAAAGAGUUAAUAAUAUUGAUGAAAUGGCUAGGCUAAUUAGGAGUGUAAUGCAGUUGGAAAAUGGCAUCUUAGAAAUUGAAUCCGAGCAGAGUAAGCAGGUUCAUGCUUCCCACGUACCAGGUGUCAGUAAGGAGUUUGUGUUCCAGGACCAGAAGGAGCAGGAGAAGACUGACCAUGCCCUUAGGCCAGACAGCUCUGGAAAUGCUUUGCCCUCUAAGGAUCAGCUGUCUUCUCCAAGACAGACAGAUGAUACUGUCAUUAGGGAUAGCGAAGCUGGAGAGAUGGAGGUUAACAACGCUGGGAACCAUCCCCAGGUCCAGAAAACCACUGUAAACUCCCUCAGGUCAAGGGAAGGUGUACAAGAGAAUGAACCUGUGAGAGAGCACACCCACCCAGCUGGAUCAGACAGAUCCUCCAGGGACAUUUGUGCUUCUUUAGGGACACACACAACUUUCAGAGAGUUCAGCAACACUUUUCUUCACCCGCAGAGAAUGAAAGCAUUGGCUAGAGCUCUGCCAUUGCAGCCCAGGCUGGAAAGGUCCUCUGAGAAUGAUGGGCAAUUGGUAAAAGCUUCAGCAAGUCUCAAAGGGCAGCCUUGGGGCUUAGGAAGUCUUGAGGAAUUGGAGACUGUGAAAGGUUUUCAGGAAAGCCAAAUUGCUGAACACAUAAGUAGUUCCAAUCAAGAUUGGACCCCAAGAGACCCUGGAAACUGCUCUGUAGCUGGUGGACAUGCUCAGUCAGAGUGGGUACUUAGCAGUGCCUCGCUGAAGGAUGCUGGUCCCCAGGUGCUUGGGUGCCAACCCGUAGGCAACCAAGAGGAACCAAAAGCUCAAGGUAAAGUUGAAGAAAUGCCUGUGCAAAGGGGAGGCAGCCUACAGGAAGAAAAUAAAGUGACUCAGAAACUUCCUAGUCUCAGCAAGCUUUGUAGAGAUACAUUUUUCAGCCACAAAACUGUCAGCCCAUUACUAAGCCAGACAGAAUUCUCUACAGCUCCUACUCACCAAGACCCUAGUAAUACCUUGCCCUUGAAUUAUCCAAGGCUGCCAAGAAGCUGUCUUCAUGCAUCUGAUGCUCUAGGCAUCUCUUCACCUGAUUGUGUGCUGGAUCUCACAGUGUCGAAAACUCACCAUAGUCCCUUGGUAACUGGAGUAGAGCAUCAAGACCAGAGUGCAGAAACCAAAAACCACAGCCCUGAGGGAAAUGUUAGAGGGGGUUCCUCUGAGGCACACACUGCCUGGUGUGGGUCUGUGAGAUCCAUGGCCGUGGUUUCUGAUAGUCAAUCUGGUGUACCAGAGAGCAUUCCUCUGGGGACAGAGGACAGGAUCUCAGCAAGCAGCAGCCCCCAAGACCAAGGAAGGGACCUCAGAAUCACCUUGAUGGGUUUCAGUACCAGUGAAGAUUUUGCUUCUGAAGCCAAGGUGGCUGUACAAAAAGAAAUAGGAGUCAGUUCACUGAACGAGGUCUCUAGACAGCCUGAAAAGAGGGUCAGCUUCUCUUUGGAAGAGGAUAAUGACCAAGGUAGCGAGCAAAGGCAGAAGGCAGAGAAGGAGACUGAAGACCUCAGACUAACCAGCGGUGUUUUCUUACCAUCUGUUUCACUGCCAAGGAUGCCCAAUCCAGAGCUUAGGCUGUUGGAGCCCUUUGAUCAUGCAUCCAUGUGCCUGGCCAUCUUGGAGGAGAUCAGACAGGCAAAGGCCCAGAGAAAGCAGCUUGAUGACUCUGUAGCCAGGGGCACAGUCCUUUCUUACUGUGAAACUUUACUAGAACCUGAAUGUUCUUCAAGCCUUGUGGGCAGGCCUCAGUGUAAACAAACAGACCAGUCAUCAUCAGACUGGACCAGGAAUGAGGGUGAAGCACCGGGAUUUCAUGUGGCAUCUCUGUCUGCUGAACAAGGGCAUCUGUCAACUGAUGCGAGGAAAGACCAGGGCACAUCUCUGUUUGAAGACAGCUUUCAACCUCUGCCUGAUACUGGAACCGACAGAGAGCCAUGGCAUCCUGUGCAGGCUUUCUCCCCUGCUGCCUCUGCUCUAGACAAAAAACAUUGUACCGGAGAACUGAGGCAGUUCGCGGGAGCUGGCGAACAGUUUUUUCAUCACUCUAGUUCUUCUGAAAUCAUAGAGAAAAAGAAAGAUGCAACCAGAACACUUCCCUCUGCUGAUCCUUUGGCACCAGACAGUCUUUAUUUAGCACCUGUGGAGGGGGUCAGGCGGGUAGUGUCAAAGAUGUUAGUGGCUGCCUUAUCUUCUCAGGCCCCUUGUGAUGAUCCUAGAGUAACUCUGCGUGAGCUAAGUCAGUCAGUUCCACAGGAGACUGCAGAGGGCCCUGGAAGUCAGGACAGCAGCCCAGAGCAUCAGGAACCCAGAACUCUAGACACCACAUAUGGAGAAGUUUCAAAUAAUUUGUUAGUGACUACACAGGGAGAAAAAACAGCCGGUUUUGAAAGUCAGUCUGUGAUCUGUGAUGUUCAGAAGUCUACAAGUCCCUCAGGGCCUAAGCAAGACUAUCUCCAAUGCCCUGAGGCUUCCACUGGCUUUGAAGAAGGGAGGGCAAGUCCCAAACAAGAUACUCUUCUGCCUGGAGCUCUGACAAGGCUUGAACUGGAAGCUCCCACACAGCAGUGUGUGAAGUGGAAGGAGAGUGUUGGGUCUGGGUUGAUAGAAGUCUGCAGGACUGGCAGUGAACAUUCCAGGCCGACUCCACUGCCAUAUCAAAGAUCUAGCCCAAGUCCUGAGGGAAUUGGGGAGGGAGCCCCCUGCAGAUACCCAAGAGAAGCCUUAGAUUGCCCAGUCUUCUCAAGGAACACCAAAGGCAGCAGGACUCUCAGCCCAUCUAGAGGAGAAGAGAGCAGAACUCUUCCUUGCCAACAGCCAUCCAGUUCUCAGCCAGUUACUACUCAUGCUGAUUCCUCCCAUUUUUCUACUUUACUGUGUUAUAGAGGUGGAGACUUGGGGAAGGAGCUUUUCAAGGUUGCCCCACAUUUUAUCCACUCACCCUGUGUAGCACCUUCCAGGGCCUUUGAAAUGGAUGAGAGAGGAGAGAUCUCUUCGAGGGGACCUGACGUGCACUUGACACAUGGCCUUGAGCCCAAAGAUGUUAACAGGGAAUUUAGGCCAACAGAGAGCAACACUUGUGAGCCUUCUACUGUGGCUGCUGUCCUAUCUCAAGCUCAAGGCUGCAGCUCCCCUUCUGCCCCUGAUGUGAGGAUAAGUUCCUUCAGCCACUCAGCUACUAAUGGAAGCUUAGGGUUAAUAGGGGUUCCUGAGAAAAAUGUUGCUGAGAAGCAAGCAAGCACAGAACUGGAGACUGCCUCUUUCACUGCUGGCAUGCACUCUGAGCCACUGAGGCAGUUUAGGGACAGCUCUCUAAAUGGCCAGAAUGCACAGGUGUCUCAAACCAAUCCAGAACCACCUGCAACAACUCAGGGACCACACGCCUGGGAUUUAAGUGAAGGGUCUGCUGAGAGUGAGUUGGUGGCAGAGCCACAGCAUGGAUGUUUAGAAAAUACCACCAGAUGUCUUUUAGAAAUGCCACAAUUUCCCACUGAGUCAAGGGAUAACAAUUGCUUGGAUUUCCAAACCAAGUUUGUAGCAAAGUUAAAACAUACCUGCAGCCCCCAGGAUAACAGUCCCUGGGAGAAAGAAGAGCAGCAGAGAGACCAGGCUUCAGGUGGUGGUGAAGGCUUCCCCCAGGGUGUGAAUCCCCUUCCUUCUGAUAAAGGUGGCUCAGCUGGCUGUCAGAUUUUAGAUUCUGGGAGAGAGGAGGUGGCUGUGGCCAAGCCCCUUAUGUCCAAGAUUUUAUCAGAGGGUGUCAAAGACCCAGCCACUGUGCUUUUGAGGCAAAAUGAAACACCACAGCCUGUUGCUCAGAGGCCUGGCCACCUCUGUACUGUUAGGGAGCAGCCAGCCCCCAACCACAGGUGCUCACUUCCUGUGAUUGCAGUCUUCUCUGGCCCCAAACACUCUGAGUCCUCCCCCACACCACAGUUCUCAGUUGUCAGCUCUUAUUCUCUUCAGGAGCUGAACUUGAGUGUGGAGCCUCCUUCCCCUACAGAUGAGGAUACACAGGGGCCUAACAGAUUGUGGAACUCACAUCUCAGGGGCUAUUCCUCAGGAAAGUCAGUGGCAAGAACAUCUCUGCAGGCUGAGGACAGCAAUCAGAAAGGCUCAUCUCACUUGGAUGAUGGCACUGCUGAUCACAAGCCCCCGAAGCCUGCUACCCCUCCUUAUCCAAUGCCUUCCUCUCUCUCAUGCAUGCCAACUCCUGAUUUCAUGACGGGCUUGAUGUCUGGUACUUUGGAACAGGUCCAACAGGGAAAGCCAGAAAAACUGGAUGUACAGAUUAGGCCAGAAAAUUGGUGCUCUCAGAUGGACAAAGGGAAGUUGCACUUUGGCUCCAGUGACAUCAAUCCCUAUGCCCUGUCCCGGCGUCCAGAAGAGCCUGCGCGUAUCAGCUGGAAGCCAUGUGUGUUUGGCAGUGCAGUCGAUGUUUCCUGCAGCCAGAAGCCCCAUAGCCUGACACCAUCAAAUGUGGUCCGGUGUUCCAGCAUGGACAAUGGCCUAGAAGAACAGAACUCCGCCUUCCACUCCCACCUCAGCACUUACGCCAAUACUCAGGACCUGUCAAGCACACACAGCAGCACUGAGAAUGCCCAAGGUUCAAAUGAGGCCUGGGAAAUUUUCUCAGGGACUUCAACUGCCUUAGGAAACCCGCACAUCCUGACUAGCCCUGAAGGAGUAGCCCCCACUUCAGUUCAUGACAGAAGACCCCAGUUCAGGGGCCCUUCUAGUGAAGUAGACUGUCUGAGGAGUAAGCCCCCUGUGGCUGAAGGAGGUGCUGCAGGUCCAGUGGAUGAGAUUAUGCUGCUUUAUCCAUCAGAGGCAGGCUGCCCUGUGGGACAGACCAGGACAAACACAUUCAAACAGGGCACACAGACCCUCAGCAGCAGGCGUCACUGGAGCAGCACUGACGUCUCCUUUGCUCAGCCUGAAGCCAGUGCAGUGUCGGCCUCUGAUCUGGCCUCAUGGGCCAGCAUGCACAAUCUGUCUCUCCACCUCUCACAGCUCCUACACAGUACCUCAGAGCUUCUAGGGAGUCUCUCCCAGCCAGGUGUGGCCAGAAGGGAGCAGAACACCAAGAGGGACGUUCUAGAUGAAGCCCCAAAGGCCCGUAUGAUGGAUGGCUCUACUCAGACCACCGUGGAUGAGGGCAGCCAGACUGACCUCGCCUUAUCCUCCCUGUGCCUCCAGGCUUCAGUGGCCAAACCUCAGGAAGUCAAUGUGAUCCUUGCAGGGCUGGGCUUAGAUACCUCAACCAUGUCUCAAGAAAAGGGAGAUGUGCCAGGGGUACCUCAGAAGAGAGAGGCAGAGGAAACAGCAUGGAAAAUGGCACAGCCCCCAUAUCGUCAGGAAGAAAGCACUCCCUGCAAGCCCCAGAGCCCUCUGAUACCCUCAUCCCACUUGAGGUUUCAGAAAGCCUCCCUUGGACAGCAUCUUCCUUCUGUGAGCCCCUCCGUUUCUGAUGCUUUCCUGCCUCACAGCUCCCAGCCAGAGGAAUCUCCUUGCAUAGCUGUCAGCAGUCCCAGUCCCAGCCCCUCUCAUUCCCCAGGGCUCUUUCCCAGCACUUCCGAAUACCCUGGGCACCCUAGGGUCCAGAAAAAGUUGAGCCCUCCAAGUGCUUUGUUGGUAGACAGGGCCUCUUCCCCAAUCCUCACUCUUAGUGCCAGCACCCAAGACCCGGGUCUUCCCCCAGGCUUUUUGACCCUUUCAGCCCCCUCAGCUCACUCUGUUGAAGACCACCAGAAGCUUGACUCCAGCCCAGACCCUGUUGGUGCCCCAAGGACUCCAGUGGAUAAUUAUUCCCAACCCACUAAUGAGUCAGGUGGCUCCCAGAGGGGUAGAAGUUCAUUACAAAGGAAUGACAGGAGGACCUUCCUUGAGUUGGGCUCCCCGCACAGCCCACAACAGAGUCCAAAAUUCCAAGUUGAUUUCUUAGGGCAGCCACCUCAGCAGCUUCAGCCCAGGACCACUACUGGGGUCCAAAGCAGACUGCUGCCACCACCACUGAGGCAGAGGAGCCAGAUGCUGGCCGAUAGCUUUGUGCCUGAGGAGGUGGCUUCCCCAGAGCAUGGCCCACUGAGCGGUAGGGAGCCAAGUCAGUGGCGGAGCAUGACAGAAAAUGGAGGUGAGGGUUCAGCAUCUCCAGUGGAACUGCAGUGCACUCUGGACCUUUCCUCUUCACGGAGAGGCCUCCAGCACCUCAGUCCCUGCCCUGUCUCUGAGUUGACUACAGGGCUUCAAGGUUCUGCCUUGGGUCUGCCUCAGGCCUGCCAACCUGAGGGGCUGCUGUGCCCCAGUUGCCAGAUGUGCAUGGCCCCUGAGCCCCAGCACCACAGUCUGAGGGACCUCCCAGUGCAUAACAAAUUUAGUAGCUGGUAUGGGGUUCAGAAGGGCUCUCCUGGGAGGUCGAACUUGACUGAAGAGCUGGGGGCCAGCUGUGAUCUCAGCUCUGAAAAGCAGGAACAGAGCCCCCCACAACCUCCUAAUGACAACAGCCAGGAUCCUGAGUGGUCCCAAAGGGAGCAGAUCCCCCUGCAAGUUGGGGCCCAGAACAUCUCACUCAGCAUGGAACUCACAGAAGCAAAACUGCACCACGGCUUUGGGGAGGCAGAUGCCCUGCUCCAGGUACUGCAGAGUGGAACAGGGGAGGUGCUUGCUACUGAUGAACCUGUGAUAUCCACCUGGAAGGAUCUCUGUGUUCGGCAAAAAGAAGCCAUUGAGACCCUCAGGAGAGAGCAGGCUAAGCGACUUCGGAACCUCAACCAGACUCGAAGCCUUAGCCCCCAGAAACAACUGAGCCUCCUGCCCAACAAAGAUCGCCUCAUCCGGGAUCUCGACUUGCCUAGCAGACGCCGAGAAUACUUGCAGCAACUGAGGAAGGAUGUUGUGGAGACCACCAGGAGCCCAGAGUCGGUGUCAAGGUCUGCUCACCCAGCCUUUGACGUAGAGCUGAUGCUGCGAGACUACCAGCAGGCCCGUGAGGAGGCCAAGUUGGAGAUUGCCCGUGCUCAAGACCGACUGCGGGAGCGAACUAAACAAGAGAAGCUGAGAAUCCACCAGCAGAUCAUUUCCCAGCUAUUGAGGGAAGAGGAAAAACUGCAUACCUUGGCCAAUUCCAGUUCCCUGUGCACCAGCUCUAGUGGAAGCCUCUCAUCUGGCAUGACUUCUGGCUAUAAUAGCAGCCCAGCCUUGUCAGGCCAGCUCCAGUCCCCAGAGAAUGUGGGUUGUACAAACUUGACUGAUUCCAGGGAUUCUUGGAUAGGGGAGGAGCGAGGCCAUUCUGCAGUGAGGAACAAUCACCUAUAUUUGGCCAGGUCUGCCUGGAAGAACUCUGCCUACAGCCACAGAGCCUCCCUGGGCAGUUGCUGCUGCUCACCAUGCAGUCCGUCCAGCUUGGGGACCUGCUUUUCCUCCUCUUAUCAGGAUUUGGCCAAGCAUGUUGUGGACACUUCUAUGGCUGAUGUAAUGGCUGCUUGUUCGGAUAAUCUGCACAACCUCUUCAGCUGCCAGGCAACAGCUGGCUGGAACUAUCAGGGUGAGGAGCAGGCGGUGCAGCUUUACUACAAGGUGUUUUCUUCCACUCGGCAUGGCUUCCUGGGGGCAGGUGUGGUGUCCCAGCCACUGUCUCACGUGUGGGCGGCUGUCAGUGACCCCACUCUGUGGCCCCUGUUUUACAAGCCUAUUCAGACAGCAAGGCUGCAUCAGCGAGUGACCAACAGCAUCAACCUGGUGUAUUUGGUGUGUGACACCACCCUGUGUGCACUGAAGCAGCCACGGGAUUUCUGUUGUGUCUGCGUGGAAGCCAAAGAGGUGCCUGCCUUGGUGGGUCACCUGUCAGUCAUGGCAGCCCAGUCUGUGUAUGAUAUAUCCAUGCCAAGACCCAGCAGAAAAAUGGUUCGCGGGGAGAUCCUGCCCAGUGCCUGGAUCUUGCAGCCUGUCACCGUGGAAGGGAGGGAAGUCACCAGAGUCAUCUACUUAGCCCAGGUGGAACUUGGGGCUCCAGGCUUCCCACCUCAGCUCCUGAGCUCUUUCAUCAAACAGCAGCCACUAGUUAUAGCCAGACUGGCUUCUUUCCUUGGUAGCUAGCAUCUCACUGUCAAGAUGGUGCUGCUGGGAUGCAGGCCCAGGCUGCUUAAAAGACACUGUGGCAGCUCCUUGUUACUUUCCGUACCCUGGUGCAGGAAGAGCUGAUGCUACCUGCUGUGGCUGACUGGGGCAGACAGCACUGGCCCAGGGUUGCCAGCAAAGCUCAGUUAGUACUUGAUCACAGUUGGCACCAGUGCAGAGCAAAUGGCCUGAGCUCCUGGCCCUGACUGUCCAGAGUGAAUGCAGCUCAGCUCACCUUUUGGAUUUCUCAUCUUUCUUUACUGUUGCUGGGACUGCAGCAGACAGGCUACUUAAGGACCAGAAUUGGGCACAGCCAGCAGAGCCGGGGGACUACAGUGCUUUGGCAAGAUGCUUCCACAAGCUAGGAGGAAAGCAGGCAGCCAGUGGCCAAGACUCUGCUCUGAAUCUACCUCCAGCAUUCGGCUCCACUGUGUGGUAGGACAUUAAAAAUACCAAAACAAAGAGGAUUCAAAAAAAGCUGCACAAACCAGAACACUGAUUCAGAAUAUUUUCUCCCUCUUGAAUUUUUUGCAAAAUACUUUAUUAUUGAUUUUGUUUUUUCUCCCUUUUCCUCCCAGGAGAAGACAUUUGGGUCUUGGCAUGAGUCAGGGGUGUUGAGUGAUGCUCUGAUAUGAAGCUGUCACUCUAGAGCUGUCAGAUGGAAGACACCGUAGAACCAGGUUGGACAGAUACGGGGUCAGGGUGAGAGGCCGAGGUCUUUGAGGACUGGUUGGAGUGGCAGCCAAAUGCUGGUUUCUGACAAGGCAAGAUGAAUUUCAGAGCUUAAACAUUGUCCUUUGAGGAGGGGAGAGGAGAUGAAUGAACUCCCAGGGGAGGCGAAUGGCUUGUUGAGAGGACGCUCAGUUCCAGAACUUACCUCAGUCAGUUGGGAGAUGUGGAGUCUUUAGCAUUCCAUGAUUUCUCUCUGGCCUCACCUAUCCUAGGAUGGGAUGGGAUGAGAUGGAGAGUGGGUUCAGUUUUCUUGUACUUUAGCCUGGCUGGAUGUGAACCGUGAAUAUUCUGUGUGUUUACUUGGAAGUGGUAGGGUUGGGGAAGAUUCCCAUCUUUAGUUCUGGUGCCCAAAAUCUUUUGAGGAUUCAAAAGAUGUGGUAAAAGAUGUAUUUCUGUAUAGCAUGGCAGAGAUUUAUUUUUCUGAAGUGUUUGCAGGACAUUUUUCCCCCUUACCUCAGAUUAUUUAUAUAUUGUUGAUUGAAGGUUUUUUAAAAUUGCUUUUAAACUUCU